CAGGCUGCUGCAAACACACCGUCUCUUGGCGGACAUGGCGGCAACUUGAUGAAGGCGGCGAGGGCUUGAAAAAGGAGAGAGAGAAAAGGCGUCUGUAGCAGGUGGGAGCUAGGCCCCAUCCGCCGACACAAAAAGGCAACAGUCCUUCGCCAUGUUGGAAGACGAUAGCGCCCUUGUCCGCGCACGACCGAGGCCGGGGAAGACGUAAGCGCGUCGGUGAGUGUUUCUAAAAGCGGAGUCGCGGCUACGCAGAGGAGCGGCGCCGCGCGGCAGCUCGGGGCGGACGGCAGGAGGACAGCCAUGGAGGAUGCGGCCCGCGGUCGCAGGAGUCUGAUUUCCCACCCGGCCCACGCUCCUUUGGAUGGGAAUUACCGCUGAUCGCCACGGAAAGCCGGGACAACCCACGAACCGACUCUUGAGGGGAGGAAAACGCGAUCGGCUCCCGACGUCCAUGACUGUUGCGGCAGAGGAGCCCCCACGGUGGAGUCGGCCGGUUCCCAAAAUAUGACCAGGGGUGCUGGGACGUGUUGGCAGCAAGAAGACGACGACGGCUUCCAAAUCUGGCUAGAGCCCCCCCGCGACCACCAAAAGCCAUUCACCGACUCCGAGAGGGCGCAGAGAUGGCGACUGUCCUUGGCAUCUCUCCUGUUCCUCACCGUCCUCCUCUCUGAUCGUCUGUGGUUCUGCGCCGAGGCCAGGCUGGCCCGAACCCCGGACAAGUUCGCGUCCUCCCACCUCCACUCCCCCCACACCCACUCGGCGCACAUUAGCCUCACAGAGAACCCCCACGCUAUUUUUCUAGGAAACUCCACCAAACAUCUGUGGCGCCUCGAAACUCGCCACCGGGACAGUUCGUCCGGCGACUGCUUCGCCUUCGCGGAUGCGGACGACCUGUGCCGGGGCCUCUCCGACCAACAGGGGCCGCGGGUCGCUAACAUGAGCGACUUGUUCCUGUCCUUUUGUAACUCCUACUCCCUGCUGGAUCUGUUCGAGGGCUCGGUGAGCCCGGACAACCUGAACUGCAGCGUCCAGGCGCUGGAGGAGGGCGACGCGACGCGAUGCAGCGAGUGCGUCCAGGCGUACCAGCGCUACGACCAGCACGCCCAGGAGAAAUACGAGGACUUUGAGCUCCUGACUCAGAAAUACGAGCCAGGGGCUUAUUCGGUGAGGACGUGCAUGGAGCAGUGCAAGAUGGCCUAUAAGCCCUGGCUCUGCGCUCAGUACUUCCCCAACAUCAAGCUGUCUUGUCAGAGGAAGAUACCGUGCCACCGGUACUGCCUGGAGGUCCAGCAGAGUUGCCCGUUCAUCCUGCCAGACAACGACGACCUGAUCCACGGCGGGAACCCCAGCUUCAUCUGCACAGGGCUCCUGGGAGAUCAUCCAUCAGACAGCGAGGCGGAGUGCUGCGACGUUCGAUGGGACUCUAAAAUGGACAGCCCUUCAGGCAGCACACUUAAAAGGACUGCUUCUUCCUGCCAGCCCGAGGGGGCUUCGGUCACUUCGGCGGCCAGCUCGAGACUGUGCAGCGGGCGACUGAAGAUAUGCCUGCUGGCCCUCGUCCUUCUACAAACUGUCAUCAUUAUUUCAGCCUCACAUAACUCUACGUUGCUGGAAGUGGCCGCCAUUUUCUCGCUAGAGGAGGGCUCGUCGAACGAGGAGUGAACCUCCGUUGU